GAGUCAUGAGCCGCCGCCAUUUCGCUUCAUCCUUCCCGUCAACCUCCUCCGUCCUCCGCCCCCUCCGCCGACCCGGCAGUGAGACAAACUCGCCCCUUCGCAAAAACGCUAGGCUUCCCGGAUCGUUUGGGUGGUGCGAGACCCGAAAUUACCUUUCAUCCAAAACCAUAGCUGGUUUUUAGUACCCCCCUGCGCAAGUACUGAGCAUGCCUCUAACGAGGAAUUCGCUUCCAGUGUGCAGCUUGGUCAUCGUCGGAUAAGCACCUCUGUCCGCGCUGAAGGUCGCUGUAACUGCUACGUCCAGGUGCAGUGUUUUGCGUAAGCGAUUCGAACGACUCUCAACGGUGAAGAUUUGUGCGCCUCAACCGUCCAGAAAGAACCCCCUCACGAUAACCGCUUCAAAUAGUGCCGCUACUCCGCUCUCUUGUUUGUGAGUGCACAGCUGUAUUGUGAUUCCGGUGCAGCCAUGGAGGUCUUGAUGCAGGGAAGCAUCUACGAGGAACGAAUUCACGAGUUUUCGAAGAAGAUAGGUCGGCGGAUACAAGUCUUCAGCACUGGAGGAGGAAUGUUUUCAUCGUUUAAUAAGCUUCACAUGGCAGAAAACAUGGUGAAAGAUUUGAAGAAAUAUGCCGACAUGGACAUAGACGAGCUCCUGGGAAAGCUCUCCGAAGAAGAGCUCGAGCAGCUCGGCAACAUGGUUGACCCAGAUGACUCUCUCAUACCGCCAUCAGAGCGAUGUCGAACGCAGACCAAGAAAAAACCGACGGGUCCCCUCAACAGGCGGCAUUUACUUCAGUUCCUGGAGAAGUUUGCACGUGAACAGGAAGACUGGCCUGAGGCAAAAACAUUCCAGUCCGGGACAAAGCGAGGCAAGGUGUUUGUACCCCGCAUCCAGCCCAAGCCCAAGCAGGACGACGACGUUGAGGUGGAGCUGGACAUUGGAGAGGACUACGAGAAGGCCCUCAACACGGCCAACGAGUCUGAGCUUGUCGACCUGGCGGCAAUCCUUGGCCUGCACAGCAUGCUGAGUCAAGAUCAGUACCAUGAUUCCCUGACCAACCGGAGGCAAAGACCAGGGACUGGAUUUGAAUCCCUUGUGAAGGCCUCCAUGCCCAAGCCCCUCCCCAUGGAGCCUGACAAUGACACCAACACUAAGCAGACGUCAGACAAGGUUGCCGACAAUGACCCUUCUCUCAAGACUCUCAACUGGAACAAUAUCAAGAAUAUUCGACGAGAAGAUUUUAAGAAGCUGUUUGAGGGUCUUAAGAAAAAUACGCACCUCGAGUCUCUGUCACUGGCCAACACCGACCUGACCGACAGCUUAGUGAAGCGCCUGAUUGAGGCUGUGAGGCAGAACAAGACACUGAAGUCGCUCAAUGUGGAGUCCAACUACAUCAGCGGCCCCACGCUCAAGGACCUGGUUGCGGCCACAAAUGUCACACAAACGCUCGAGGAGCUGAGGGCCUCAAACCAGAGGCCCAUGAUCUUGGGCAACAAGAUUGAGAUGGAGAUUGCACGGCUGGUGGAGAAGAACAGGCACCUGCUCCGGCUGGGCAUCUCGUUCGACGUCCCUGAUGCGCGCAUGCGUGUCACCCAGCACCUGCAGAACAACUACGACCGCCUGCGACUGAAACGCACGGCAUCCGGCAGCACCUAAAGGAAAUCUCGGCGUUUUCAAUCAUUUUUUUUACAGGAGGGGAGAGAAAAUUGUGUUCGCAACAACUUGGCGUUUGCUUUUGGGACUUUCAAUGCUGCCUAGCGGUGCUGUUGAUGGGAUAAGAUCCCGGAGUGACUGUUUUGCGAUCCUGUCUGCGUUCUUAGAUUUGUUUUUGUGCCGUGUUGUGUGGUCCUGUUGUGUGAGCUCAAGUGCAUUUAAUGCAAGGACAAGCUAUCUGCACAGUCAAGCCAAUCGGCAUUAACGCUGCUUCGCUCUUUGGGCCGAGAUUUGAGACUCUAUCCUCUGCUUUGCAGGUACGGGCUUGCUACAUGUUGGGUCUAUAAAACUGCGAUGGGGUCAAAUAUCGUGUGGCCAGCUUUGCCAAGAGGUUUGUUGCUCUUGGGGUGAAAUUGCAGAUGGAAGCUUUAACCGCUUUGACACAAUGAGUGGUGUCCACUAUAAAAAAAAGAAAGAGAUCCCUCUGCUUUCGUGUAUCAUGCUAAUCACAAACAUUAAGCCUUGAAUCUGUGCAAUGUGUAUAGGCAUACCCAUUGCUUGAGUGCUGAAAGCUAAUGCAUACAAACACCAGCUUCUGGCUUCUGUGUGAAAGAUAAGUUUCUUUCUAUUCUAGACUGACUAAAGCUUCAUGUGGUUGGUAAGCGGCUGGUCAUGAGACUGAAUCACUGCCUAGAAUGGGCUCAGGAGGCCAUUUUUAAGAUACUAUACCCAGGAUACUGAAGAGUACUACUAUUUCAGUUCAGAGUACUACUACUAUUUCAGUUUAUAACUAAAGUGACGAAUGUAUCAUCUUGUGAUUGUGCAUCUGCAGGAAAUAUUUGUGAAAGCUUUAGAUAAUCUUCAUUCUAUAAACAGAAGAUAGGUAUGUUUUUAGUGAUGUGUUUAUUUUUACUUACUAGAUCCAAAAUUUAUUUACAGACUUUUUUUUAUCAUUUAUUUUUCCCUUUCUGAUGUAACCCUGCUUUCUACAAGGAACAGAGCUUAUUGGAACGUAAAAAGGGUAUUUUUGUUACGCCAUUUCAUUGUUUUCAAAUGCAAGUCUGUUGCAAUGCAGAUUUUUUUUUUUUUUUUGUGUGGCAAGAAGAUAGGCUGCUGUACAUACAAGCUAUGUUUAUUUGGAGUGUGUUCCAACGGACAGCUUUGGAUACGAGCUGUGUCGUCAGUUACAGCUCUUGGUGGUCUAAUGAGAAUAAUGUCAUCUCGCCAAAAAGUUGUGCUUUAUCCUUGUUCUUGGCAUUAUACUUUUUUCCACCAUGCAUGUAAUGUGUACUAUACUGUGCUCAAUUAUCUCGAGCUUUUGUGGACUCCUCAAAAUAUGUAAUCCUGUCUCAAUUAAACAUAUACCAGUGAUAGCA